AUGGGUAAAGUUGGGUGGUCUGAUUUACAUGAAGAUCUCAUAGAUUUGUUAGCCAAUAAUUUAUCUUCCAACAUCAAUCUCCUCCGUUUCCGUAGCAUCUGUAAACCCUGGCGUUCCACGGUUGCGACCAAGAAGCGUCUCCAUAACCACUUUGAACGUAACCUUCCUACUUUCAAGAAGAAAAAGACUGUUGUCUCUCCCUCCACUUUCUUCCGUGUAACUCUCCCUUCUCCAUGUCGUAACAAAGGAUGGCUGAUUAAAAACAGACAAGUCUCUGAAUCUAGUAAAAAUAAUCUCUUGUCUCCUCUUUCUGGCAAAACCAUAACCCCUUCCGACAAAACCCUAGACCUUUUGAAGGUCGAGUGUUUCAGAGAUUCGUCAAUCUUACAACUAUUCGCGGAUUCGGAUAGAGUUGUUUUCCUAGACAAUGUCUUUUUCGUAGUUGACUUCAAAAACGAAAUUUGGUGUUGCAAGAGUGGAGAAGAAACUAGACAUUGGACAAGAAUCAACAAUGAAGAAGCUAAAGGUUUUUUGGAUAUUAUACUUCACAAAGGAAAAAUCUAUGCAUUAGACUUAACAGGAGCAAUUUGGUGGAUUAGUUUAUCUGAACUCAGCAUAUAUCAAUACGGACCUUCAACUCCAGUGGACUUCUACGAAAUUGAUAAUUGCAAAGAAAAGAGACUCGUGGAGUAUUGUGGAGAACUAUGCGUUGUUCAUCGAUUCUAUAAGAAAUUUUGCGUAAAGCGAGUUCUUACCGAGAGAACCGUUUGUUUUAAGGUUUAUAAGAUGGACAAGAAUUUGGUAGAAUGGGUUGAGGUCAGUUCCUUGGGAGACAAGGCACUCAUUGUGGCGACGGACAAUUGUUUUUUGGUCUUAGCCUCCGAGUACUAUGGAUGUUUGGAGAAUGCUAUUUACUUCAACGACCGGGAAGAUGUUAGUGUGUUUAAGCUUGAUGAUUGUAGCAUUAUUACCAAGCAAAUUAAUUCUUCUUCUUCAUCUUCUCAUCAAAGUUGUUUCCAGAUGUUUUCUACUUCUUUUUUCUGA